AUGGCGUCCGCUACCGGUAGAAUUUUUCAAACUGUGAAAAAACAUAUACCAAGUAUAAGAUUUCCAAACAGAGCAAAACAAAAAAUGGAACGUAAGUAAAUGAGAAUUAUAUCUCUUUUUAUUAACAAGAGAAACAAACCUAGAGAUUCUCUUUCCGUUUUGCAUACCACUAGCCGGUUCAUCACACAGACCACCGGAGAUUUCGUCAGUUUUAUCUGCGAUCACUAGUAAAGCAACACCAGCAGAAUCAGCGACUCGACCGACAAGUUCCAAUUCUAUGACCGCCGAUGAGUCGUUCGGUUAUCAAAGUUUACCGGCAAGAUACAGAAGAAGACUUCUAACCCAAGAGGAAAUUGAUUAUAUUGAGGUGAGCCUGAUCAUAUCAAGCUGAAAUUUUUACGAUGCGAUAUUGUGAUAGUUUCACUUUACUAUCUACAUGUUUGAUCUUAAAAUCCUGGCAGACAAGAACAAGGGGACUUCUUCACAAAAAUUGGCACAUUAGGACAAUGACUUUAUUUUCCAUUUAUCCACAGAAACAAUAACCUUUCGAAAUGACACUGCAGCAGGAUCUCCUUUUCAUGACCUCAUUGUUCAUUAUAAUUACAGUUCUCGUUUAAAAGAAUGGCUAAAAGAAAAGAUCGCCUUUAGGGCUACGCUUUUGUUUUAGGAUAGUGUAAGAUUAUGCAGACAUGUUUCUCACUUCCCUAUGUCCCUGAGAGAUUCCAUAUACAAAGUAUUUGUGUCAACUAUUACAAAUCUCAUGCAAAGUUUACCAAAUCUCCCAAAUAAAUUAAGUUUUAUAAACUUUUCUGUAGAAGAGGGCUAAUCAAGUAUUUUAAUCUACUAUAGGGCAAAAUAUUGAGGCUAAUUGUCUCAAGGUUAAUUGUAUUUUGUAUUUGCAUUUAUCAUCUGUUUUAUUGUUUUGGAAUCAUCUACAUCCCAUGAAACAAUUUUGAAUUUUGAAUUGGUGGGUGGAGACUGAAACAGAGCAUUCAAUUAGAAAAUUCAGGGGGAGGAAGGAUGUCAGGACUCACAUAUCUGUGAGAUAACAAAGCUGUUAGAAAAUUUGCAGCACAAGGAAUGUUAAAGGGUGUACAAUGUCUUUCUGAAAUGUUGUCAUGAAAAUAAAUAACCAUCUUGAACCCACUCAUGAACCUAUAGUCCCUUAUUAAUGCUUACAGUCUUGAGCUGAUGCAGAAAGAAACUGACAAUAGGGAAAUCACAUACAUUUACUAAGUAAGAAACCCCUCUGAAAAGUACACCCUGUAAGACCCUGCAAAUGGCUUAUUGGAACUUGCUAACAGCCAUAGUAAACAAGUAUUCACCAAAGUGGAAGUGAAAAGUGGUGGAUUUUUAUCAAGUUGUGAAACGGAGUGGAAAAAUAUCCACUACUUUCACUGACACUGAGGUGAAUAACAGUUUUUAGUUUAUACCACACAGUUAUAAAAAAAUUAGUUUAUUUAUCUCAACAUACUGAAUGAUGGUUGGAAAUUAAACUCUGGAGGCACAAUUUUGUCUUUUGGUUGCUUGAAGGUGAAUAGUACUCACUAUUCACCUCUGAACUAGCCAGUCAACAGGCAGGAAAAGAACUAUUCACCUGUGUGGUAUAUGCUGAUAUGUCAAACUGUUGCUGACAACCCUUGCGACUGUGACAGAACAGCCUUUGAAGUUUUUGUCGACAAGCAUGCACAUGUAGAGUAGAUUAAAGUAGGGGUCAUAAUAAUAUUAUUCAGCAGAGGAUGAUAUUUAAUGGACUGCAAGGUCCUUCGUCCUGGAAAUAAGGGACUGAAAAGAAAUCAGACCAGUAACAAGAUAAGUGUGUGAAAAAUGUUGGGGAUUACUUGAUCAUAGACUAAGGGACAAGUCUGGUUGAGACUUUUAGUUGAUGCAUGUUAUCCACCCAUGCACUGAUCACUUCAAAUACCCAAAUUCCAUCUCCCCUUCCCCCCCUCCCCCCCUUUUCAUCAACCCAUGGUUAAUUGAUUGUCAAGCAUAUCUGGGGGAUUAGGGAUUGGGAGUUUGAACCUAGCCUGGGUGGGGUGGCAAAUUUGAACUUGAACUUGGAAGUCUUUUUCAAUGGAAUAAACUUGUUUUAUCCUUUGAUAUGGAGGUGUUCAAAGGUAAAAAGUUCUCUUUUGUGAGCACAUAGCUAAGAAGAAAAGGUCUUUAAGAAAGUCAUGAUCACUAAUCUCACCUUAUACAGAAACAUUGAGGGUGGUGGUGGGGGAUUUAAACAAAUGUUUUGCCUAGGGGGCUUGAAUUUGAAAAACUAAUCUUCAAUAGUUUUAGUGCUAAAGGGGAGAUUUUGAAGCUUCAAGUUAAUCAACCCAUUAGGAUGGGCAUGAGUUAGUUUCAUGGGCCAUCAUGACUAAUUUUCAAUUUUUUUCCCCUUCAAACAUAGAGAGGUGGUCCAGAAUGAAACCUCCCAGGUGGCUGGAAGUAUUUUACACUGUCUGUUAAUUAUUUAACUUGUGUGGAGACUGUUGGAAUCAUUUUCAAGAGAAAGAAAUGUAGUGAAUGUGGAAGUAUCAUUCACUUCUUGGUCAUUUGAUUUCAGACCAGUCAUUUGUGACAUGAAAAAUGAUUCACUUUUAAAAUAGUGAAUAAGCAUUCAUCUAAAGAUGGUGUUUAGCAGAACUGAGUGACUCCUAGUAAAGAUGGCUUUUUACACAUGUAUUACAGAUUUAUGAGUAAUUAAACUUAACUUUCUAUAAAAUGGCAAUGGUGU